AAUAAACAUAUUUGGUGUGUUUUCCUAUAACCAGGAUAUGAUAAACAAGGCCAGAUGCAUUCGCUAAACAUUUCAUUGUAUUAUUCUCAUAGGGUCUUUGUGUUUUUGAGUUGUUGGUUUGUCAUGCAUGGCUGAACCAUCCUGAACUAUUCGUGAACUUCAGUUUGGUCAAACAAAGGGUCGAAGUUCUCAACAAUACCUACUAUAAAUACGUACAUGUAGUUCCCACUUCGAUUGAGUUCGCUCACUGCGUCUGCUAUAGCAAGAGCUGGAAUGUUCUCUCAAGUUCAGCUGUAAAUUCCCUCCAGUUGUUUCAGUCUUUGAAUAAUGAUGUCUUGGUCAUCAAUUCUGCGGGUUUGGGGAUUGGUCUCUGCUACAAUUGCAGCAGGACUAUUCCACACGAGCAUUUAUUCAGAUGGCUAUGUAUUUGUUCGGCUGUUUGCAGGUCUCUUUACUACUGUGCUUUUGCUGUCUGCCGUAGUAGCACUCCACAUUAGCAUGUUACCUUGUUCAGCGUCUCACACCCUAUCAAGUCUACUGCUAAGUUAUUACAUCCACCAAAAGUGUGUGUUUAAAGUUCGUCCAGCCCUUGCAAAGAUGACGAAAAUAUGGCAAGAUCCACGGAGCGCGCAGGAGAGUCUGCUGCAAGGGUUAAUAACCAGAGACGGGGACACGGUAUACGGCAAAGACAAUCAUCUUAGUGGUAUUGGUUCCUUGGAAGAUUUACAGAAGAAACACCCAGUCACCGUCUACAGCCACUACCAGGAUUACAUCCGAAGGCUCGCCGAUGGAGAGGAGGAUGCCUUCGUGGGGGAAAAGCCUCUUCGCUUCGGCAUCACAUCGGGGACGACCGGUACUGGCAAGCUCAUUCCUGUCGUACCUUCACAACCUCAGAUGACUGAUUUGGUCAUCUUCAAAAGCUGGCAUUGUCACGGCUAUGGGGAAUUUGGAGCACCCAGCCCAGUGCAGAAACACCUGGUACUGUACUGCAAGCCCAAAGUGACGGUUACAAAAUCAGGACUGAGCGUGACGCCCCUUAUCUACUUCCCAGAGGAGUCGCGGUUCAUAUGCGAUGUGCUUUUCACCUCGCCAUUUGACGGAUUCCGAAUCAUGUCCGAUUACGAAUCAACCUACAUUCAUAUGUUAUUUGGGAUCCGAGACAAGCAUAUCGGUACCUUCACUGCACCGUUUCUCUCUCAGGUUUAUAGAGCCUUUAAGCUUCUUGAAGGCAACUGGGAAAUCAUGCUUGAUGACUUGACAGAUGGACGUCUUGGGGAUCAUCUUAACAUCGAUGAGGAUAUUCGAAAAGCUCUGAAUGCUAAGCUUAAGCCUAUGCCGGAGAGGGCAGCAGAGCUGAGGUCAGAGUUCACGCAGGGAUUUGAGGGGAUUAUGGGGAGAAUGUGGCCGAACAUUAAAUUCAUAAAUUCCAUCGACAUCGCGGGAUUUCAGAAGAAACUAUUGAGAUAUUCCAAAGGUACUCCAGUCUACACUAGCGGAUACAGCUGUACAGAAUCCACACUCGCCCUCAACGUCAACCCAAGACUCAAACAAUACGUCUUGCUACCAGAUGAAGUCGUUUACGAAUUCAUCCCUGAAGAAAACUGCUGUGAGGAGCAGCCCAAGACUCUGCUCAUAGACGAGGUUGAAAAGGGAAAGAAAUACGAACUCGUCUUGACCCUUAAAUCUGGGUUCUAUCGCUAUAGAUUUGGUGACGUCAUAGAGGUCGUAGGUCAUCAUGAGAACUGUCCAGUGGUUGAAGUCUGCUACAGAACUGGAGAGUUACUCAAUUUACGAAGCGAGAAAAUUGAUGUAGGCGUGGCUUGUUCGGCAAUUGAGCAGACUGUCUCUAAUUGGUCAGACGCAAAUCUCGUUGACUGGACAUGCGCAGAUAGUCCACUGCUUCAUGAGGGAAGCAAGGGUGAUGGUUGUGAUAUGUUCUACAUGGUCUUUGUGGAGGUAGAUGCUGCAAGCAACAAUAACGUGACAGAAGAAGAGAAAGAAAUGUUCGAUGGAAUAUUACGUAAGCUCCACGGUAUCUAUGACAACUACCGACGCGUGGGGACGAUUGCUGAGCCACGCCUACAUAUCGUCCAACCAGGCUCGUUCAAGGAGUUAGAAGAUCUUAUUAUUGGUACCUCUACAACCUCUAUCAAUCAGUUCAAGAUGCCACGUAAGCUUCGGACAAGAAAACAACUCGAUUUUAUGUUGACGAGAGAGGUAUCAGGUUGUGUCCCGAAUUUGAAUUAUUGAUAGAACAACGGGUAUACUUUUGGUAAUUGUCAAAGACCUGUAGUCUCACUUGGUGUUUCCCAACAUACAAUGCAUAG